AUGCUUGUUUAGUGUGCAAGUAUGAGACUCACUGACAAUGUUGUGCGAAAUCUUCGCGUUGCAAAGAUCUUUCGAGAAAAUACGGAUCGUGUAAAUAGCAUUGACUUCUCUGCGAACGGUGAAACACUAAUUUCUAGCAGUGAUGACGAUUCUAUUGUAAUUUAUGACUGUUUGAAUGGAACACCAAAGAGAACAUUGAAUAGUAAAAAGUAUGGAGUUGAUUUGAUUCGUUAUACCCAUGCAGUAAAUGCUGCAUUACAUUCAUCUACCAAAGUAGAUGACACAAUACGAUACCUUUCUUUACAUGACAAUAAAUACAUCCGAUAUUUUCCAGGCCAUACCAAAAAAGUUGUUACAUUAUGUAUGUCUCCUAUAGAUGACAGUUUUCUGUCUGGUUCCUUAGAUAAAACAAUACGAUUAUGGGAUCUUCGAUCACAAAACUGCCAGGGUUUAAUGCAUUUGUCGGGUAGACCUGUGGCAUCGUUUGAUCCUGAAGGAUUAAUUUUUGCAGCUGGAAUUAACUCGGAAACAGUAAAGCUUUAUGAUUUACGGUCUUUUGAUAGAGGACCAUUUGCAGCAUUUAAAUUACCUCAGGAUAAAGAAUGUGAUUGGACAGGUAUUAAGUUUAGCCCAGAUGGUAAACUUAUUUUGAUAUCAACUAAUGGACCUGUCCUUAGACUUAUUGAUGCAUUUCAGGGAACACCUUUGCAGAAUUUCACUGGUUUCGCAAAUAAUCGAGGACUACCCUUAGAAGCAUCCUUCAGUCCAGAUUCACAGUUUGUGUUUUGUGGUUCUACAGAUGGUAAGGUUCACAGUUGGAGUACUGAAACUGGUACCAAACUAGCUAUUCUACAAGCUGAUCAUCCUGGUCCUAUACAAAAUCUUCUCUUUAAUCCUAAAUAUAUGAUGAUGGCAUCAGCUUGUACAAACAUGGCAUUUUGGUUACCAUUAGUGGAUGAAUGAAGAUAUGUUGAAAUAUGUAUGAAAUAUAGAGAUGCAAAAGAGAAUGUAUGCAAAAUAAGUUGUCCACACACAACAGAGUCAAUCCAUGCAUAACAGAGGCAGCAAUACAUUCAAUUGUAUAUAUUAUACAAAACAUCUAUGCUGUCUAUUAAAGACCCUAAGUCCUAGUGAGUGUCCUUAGAUGUAAGCAAGAUGGUGGAAAUAAAAUUUUGUGGAAGAUUUGUCAAGUGACAAGAAAUAGUUGUUGACUGUGUAAAUAAUGAUAUAAAAGUUGAUGAAUGAUAGACUAUAUGUGUGUUGUAACCUCCGGUAUUAUUAUCAGAGGACAAAUUUGUGUUAGAAGUCUGAAAAAUAGAACUAUAUCUUCCGUUUUGUAAUUAUUUCUAUGAAAAGUAGCAGAUUAAAAGGAAUGUGAAGUUUUAGUUGAGAAAUAAUGUUUUGUGUUUGAAAUAAGAAACAAAAAAACAUUAUUUUUAAUCAAUUUCUGGUGCCGUUCUACUACUCAAUUGAAAUUGUUCAUAAUUUUCUGCAGGAAUUUUUAUCUUUGUUACUAGGGCUAUACUGCCAUUUGCUAAUUUUUAUAUUGUAUUUGUAUUAAACAAAGGUUUCCAAUUCUAUCAUCUGUAAAUUACCAUUAUUCAAAGCCAAUAUAGCAACCCACUUCAUACUAAGGCUUAUUGACUACCGGUACCAUAUAAAAAAGAUAUUCAGUAGACUUAAAUAAAAGCAGUCAUAAAUGACAAUACUCCGCAAAUCCUCAAGAAAAUAUGUUCUUUUAUUUUCAGAAAAGCUAUUCAUUUCAGGAAAAGUCAUAGGGGUACUCCAAAGAACAUUCUGAAAUUGAAAUCUCUAAAUCCCUUGAUUGAGAGUUGUCAAUCAAGUCAAUCAAGUAAAAUGCACUAUCUGAAUAUAGUACGUUUGCAACCAUACAUCCAUUCAUCGUGCUGUAAUGUAGAAUUAUGCAACAAUUCUGCACAAACCACAUCUGUUUUCGGGACCAGCAGAAUUCAAUUCUGUGUCCUUCAAUGUCAUUUUGAAAUAUUCCCGACUGUCGAUUAAGUACCCCUCUUAGAUAUUCUGUUUGUUUUGUGGUUUCUUCACCAUGUUCAUUACAUCAUGGUUUCUUGUGUUACAUUAGUGCAUUAUUAGUUGUUUAGUGAUUUUUUACAAUUUAAUAGUAAUGGAAAAUGUUAUUCUGGUAAAUUAUUUUAUUCAUUCUUCUGUCACCUCUCCCAUUUAACUAGUAAAUUUGUCUGUUUAUUCAAUCCUAUCAUUUUUUCAUCUCAUCUUUAUUAUUAUUUCAUAGAAUUACAUAUUCAUUUUUAUUUUCAUUUAUCAUCAUUUGUUUUUGUACAAAGUGUACAUAUAUAAUAUAUACAUGUAUAUAGAUAAAUAAACAAAAUGUUGUAAACUAAUGUUUUGUUUGUUUUAUAAUGGAUUGCUUUUUCUUACAAUGGUAAUUCUGUCUGGUUAUGGAGAAAGCAACAUAAUGUUCCAAAUUUCAGAGUAGUGUAUGCUUAUAAAAAAAUGCAUGACAUUGGAAGGUGUUUAAUUCAUGAAAUUUUACUAUUUCUUGUCUACUUCAUAGAAUGUAGAUAAAUUAUGAUUUAUUUAUGUAAACUAUAUUGGUAUUAAUCAUAUUUUGAAAGCCAACGAACUUCCAGUGUCCUGCCAUAUAUAUAAUACAGACCUCCUUAGAGCUCAUUGAAUUAUUGAUUAUUAAUAGUUCAAUUAGCCCUAGAAAGGUCUGGAAUGUAUUGUAUAUUUUUUUUUACAGCAAAGUCCUAAAUAUAGAUACAUUAUUUGAAA